AUGGUAUGCUCCAAGUGUCAAAGAAAGCUCAAGAAAACCGAGCUUGCCACUCCGGCUAUCAAACGGAAGAAUGAUAUGUACUAUGGCUCUCCACACAACACCAUCGGAGGUGGCGACGCAAAGAACAGGUCAUCUGCAACACUAGGCAAUACUGGAAUUUCAAAGAAUAAGCUCCUCACCAGCAAGGCUAAAAACCCAUAUUCCGCAUAUUCUAGCGCCUGUGAGUCUUGCAAAGCCAAAACAGAGCAAGGAAGGAAAUUCUGUCAACGGUGUGCUUACCAGAGAAAUGCUUGCGCAAUGUGUGGCAAGAAUUUAACCGCCACGGGUAAAGAGUCAAAGGAGCAUCCCGUCGUACAGGGACAGAAAUUUAAUUGUAAAUGA